GCCUAAAGAUGCAGUUAAAGCACUCAAGAAAAAGCUUUCAAAAAACUGUAACCAUAAGGAGAUCAGGCUUACCCUGUCUCUGCUUGACAUGUGUAUAGAGAACUGUGGCCCAAGAUUCCAGGCUCUAGUUGUGAAGAAAGAUUUCUGCAAAGACAAACUGGUGAAACUACUGAACCCAAGAUACAAUCUGCCCAUUGACAUGCAAGAGAAAAUCUUGACCUUCAUCAUGACGUGGACCCGAGGUUUUCAAGGGAUGGUGGAUGUGAGUGAAGUAAAAGAAGUUUACCUAGAGUUGCUGAAGAAAGGAGUGGAGUUUCCAUUCCCUGACACCAGCAGUGGACCUAAGACUUCCCCUCAGCCUUCUGCAAAGUCAUCACCAUCUUCUGCUUGUCCUGCCAAACGUUCCUUGCUGCCUCUUCCCACAGGGCCAACAUUAUUGUUGACUCCGGAGCAGAUCGGGAAACUGUACAGUGAACUGGAUAUGGCAAAAAUGAACGUGAGAGUCAUGUCAUCAAUAUUAAAAGAAAAUGCUCCUGGCUCUGAAAAUCCAGAUGAUAUGAAUCUUUUACAGAAACUAUAUAAAACCUGUCGGAUGAUGCAGGAGAGGAUCAUGGAGUUGUUGGUGACAGUGGAGAACGAAGAUGUGAUAGUUGAGUUAAUACAAGUAAAUGAAGAUCUGAACAAUGUCCUCCUGGGACAUGAAAGGUUCUCUCGAAACAGAGUUCGUUUUCUGGAGAACCAGAGGAUACAGCGUGAACGUGCAGAGCAGUACAGGAAACAGCCAUCUGCUCCCUCAAGUGACCUACUUGACCUCUCCAUAGAUUCUCCAUCCCCUGUGCCGGCAGUGGUGCAAACUGACUCUGCAGUGUCUCCUUCAGGCCUCAAUUCCAUAUCUGCACACCCUGAAGAUAAAAACAGGCAUCAUCCAUCAGUUUAUCCACAGUUGGAGUCAACAACUCCUACAAAAGCUCAGCAAUCCCUGUUUGCAACUGAAGCACAAAACAAUAGUGUAAGCAACCCAGCUGGACAUACAUAUAACAAUCUGCCAACUCUCCUAAGCCCAGUGCCUCUGCACCCAGUAAACCUGCAGGCUGGACAGACUACACCAUUGAAUGGACCAUCACCAGCAGCUGCAUCAAAGAACAAGUCACAAUCAUCUCAUUACUACGAGAUAAUGGAAUUUGAUCCUUUGGCUCCCACUGAAGCUAUUUAUGAAGAAAUUGAUGAUGUGCCAAAGACAGAAGUCAAGAAGAAUGCAGACUGA